CCCUUUCUAGCUCGUAUAUCCCUCCACUCUUCUUUUGCUUUUUCAUCCAUGCCCAUGUGGAUCUCGUAGAACCAGUUAUCUUCUUCUUCCGGAUCCUUGUUGAGCUUCCCUUCUCUUGGGUUUUCUUUUACUUAAAAAAAUAAAAAAAAAAUUAAAUUUCUUCCCUAUCUUUUUGGACAUGGCUUUCUCAAAGAACGUGGGUGUGGUGGCCUUGGUCACUGUCUUCUUCACUAUUUUCUCUCUCUCCUCUGCUAUGGACAUGUCUAUCAUAAGCUCCGGUGGAAGGAGCGAUGAUGAAGUGAUGGGCCUCUACGAAGAGUGGCUAGCCAAGCACGGAAAAUCGUACAACGCGUUGGGCGAGAAGGAGAAGAGAUUCGAGAUUUUCAGGGACAAUCUGCUUUUCAUCAACGAACAUAACGCUGGCAAUCAUACCUACACUUUGGGUCUGAACAAGUUCGCCGAUCUCACCAAUGAGGAGUUUAGAUCUCUUUACUUGGGUGCCAAGAUCGACUCCAAGCUGAGGCUUUCUAAGGCCAAGAGCGACCGCUACAGUUACAUCCAAGGGGAGGAGUUGCCCGAUUCCAUUGACUGGAGGGAGAAAGGGGCUGUUGUUCCGAUCAAGGACCAAGGCAGCUGCGGGAGCUGUUGGGCAUUUUCAACGAUAGCUGCGGUGGAAGGGAUAAACCAAAUAGUGACCAAGGGCCUCAUUUCCCUUUCGGAGCAAGAGCUGGUCGACUGUGACACAUCCUACAACGAGGGCUGCAAUGGAGGUCUCAUGGAUUAUGCCUUUGAAUUCAUUAUCAACAAUGGUGGAAUUGACACUGAGGAAGAUUACCCCUACAAGGGUUACGAUUACAGAUGCGAUCAGUCCAGGAAAAAUGCUCGUGUUGUUAGUAUUGAUGGAUAUGAAGAUGUUCCAGUGAAUGAUGAGAAAGCACUCCAGAAAGCUGUGGCAAACCAACCUGUUACUGUUGCCAUUGAAGGAGGUGGAACAGCUUUUCAACUCUACAAAUCGGGCAUCUUCACUGGGAGAUGUGGGACUGAGCUGGAUCAUGGUGUAGCUGCAGUAGGCUAUGGCACUGAAAAUGGUGUGGAUUACUGGAUUGUUAAGAACUCAUGGGGUACUGAAUGGGGAGAGAAAGGAUACAUAAGGAUGGAGCGGAAUCUCGCUCACACCACGACUGGUAAGUGUGGCAUUGCCAUGGAAGCAUCAUAUCCUAUCAAGAAGGGGCAGAACCCCCCCAACCCAGGACCUUCCCCUCCCACCCCAGUGAAGCCCCCUGCUGUUUGUGAUGGUUACUACUCUUGCCCAGAGAGCAACACAUGCUGCUGCAUAUUUGACUUAGGACGCUAUUGUUUCACAUGGGGUUGCUGCCCUCUUGAGUCGGCGACUUGCUGUGAUGAUCACUACAGCUGCUGCCCCCAAGAAUUCCCGGUUUGCAAUGUCAAAGAAGGGAUUUGCCUGACGAGCAAGAAGAACCCACUGGGAGUGAAGAUGCUGAAGCGCACUCCUGCUAAACCCUACUGGGCUUACUCUGGAGAAGCGCGGAGUGCUUGAGAGGUUUGCUUGCAUUGCUUUGGGACCCCUCGGGUUUAAUUGUUAGUAACCUUGAAAGAAUGGAUUAUACUUAUUUUAAUAUUUAUAUUGAUGAACGGGAUGGAUUACUGUACAUAAGUUGCUUUAAUAUGUACUUGUGAAAUACAUAAAUUAUUUAUUUGGAUUUGCUCUC